AUGGGGAUGUACUCUCUGGCUAGCGAAUUGUCUACCUUCAAGAACCGAAGUGCAAUCAAGGGAACUGUCAUUCAUGCAACUAUACCAGCAAAGAUUGUUCCAAAGUUUAUCAAUAGUUUUGUAGAAGAAUUGAGGUCAGAGAAUUUCCCUUGGUACAUGUACAGACUAAGGUCUUUCGAUAGUUUGAAAGGUAAUUCAGAAUUAAAUGAGAAAGAACUCAUUGAUAUCAUUGGUCGGGUUGUUGAAGUUUAUGGACCUCAAGAAAAAAAUAUUGGUGGAAAUAAUGCUAGGCUAAUAGACUUUGUGCUGGAGGAUGCCUAUGGUAAAAAGUUAACCUGCACAUUUUGGGACGACCACGUUUCCAGGAUUGAGCAUUUAUAUGAAGCUCCUUCCAAGGAUCCUGUGAUAGUUUUGAUACAAUUCUAUAGGAUAAAAAGAGGGCUCAGAGUCCUAUUCAAUCUGGACUAUCCUGAAUUUAUCAACUUCAGGGACAGUCUUACAGACAUAGGAUAUCAAACACCGAUGAGAAGUAUAGCUUCCCUGUCAAGUUUUAGUUUUACAAACACUAUGGAUGAAUCCAGCAGUAAGUCCACCAUAAAUGAGAUCUAUGACAAUGAUAAGUAUGGAGAUUUCUGGGUUGCCGCAAGGAUACAAGGUAUUGUUAUUCCGACUAAUUGGUUUUAUAGCUCUUGUAGGAAGCCUGGAUGCAACAAAAAACUGAAAAUUUCUGAAGGAGUCAAUAAGUGUUUCAAGUGUUUUAAGAUUUGGGAAGAUGGUAUUUUAAGGUAUAAGAUUACACUACGUGUUGUGGACAUGAAGGGUAAUGCUUCAUUUUUACUAUGGGAUAGGGAGUGCCAGGAGUUGAUAGGAAUUCCAGCAGCAGAGCUAUAUGAAAAGAGUAAUAAGCCAUUACAGCAGAUCACAGAUUUGGUAGGCAAGACUUUGCUGUUUCAGAUUACAGCAAAGGCAUAUCACACAUCCCACCGUAACACUCCAUUUCCUGUGCUGAGGAUAAACAAUGACCCACAGGUUCUGAAAGAACAUUGCAGUCAUCUUCUGAAAUUGCAAGAUAAUGAAUGCAACUCUAACAUGCCUAUAAGUCUGGGUGAUGAUGAUUUUUUGGAGGGUUUGUUAAGUGAUGAAGCGGAAAGUCCCAUAGCAAGUUUGCCUCCUGUAGCUGUUGGUGAUGCAACUGAGGGACCUGUCAAGAGGUGCUUGCUAGAUCAAUUUUCAUCAACACAGAGUGGCAAGAAGCAGAAAGAGAGCAAAGUCAAGUAUCUAGCAAGCAAGAGGACUGAGCAAAAUCACUACGGAGCUGAUGGAAGAUUGCAUACCUAG